AUGUGGCAGAAGAGUGUCUAUGAUUUUUCUAUUGAUGUUAGUGGGGAUCAGUUCAUAUCUGGAACCUUAGUGGAUAUUGUAUCUAGUGCUAGGCUUCCUGGAGUUGUUUUGGGGGAUAUUAAUGAUAUCCAUAGUAGUUCGAAGGAUUUUGAUGGUUGCCCUAGCUUGACGGAGAAUGAGAAGUUUGAUGAUGUGUUACUGGAGGCGGAUCUGGUUGAGUUCAGUGUGACAAGUAACUGGUUUACCUGGACUAGUAAACUUCAAGGGAAUGGUAUCUUGUGUCGGUUAGAUCGAUUCUUGUCUAAUGAGGCGUGGAAGAAAGCUUUUCCAUAUUUGGAGGCAGAGGGUUUUAUUGAUACUAUCAGGUCAAUGUGGAGAAAGUCUGAGGAUGUGUCUCCUAUGGUUAGCAUUGUACGAAAUUUAAAGGCAGUGAAGCGGGUUUUUCGUGCAUCAUUUGGUAGGCGUAUCUCUAUGUUAGCUGAUGAGGUGCGGGCGACUAGUAAGGUUAUGGAGGCUACUCAAGCUGAGGUAGAAAGGGAUCCUGCUUCAGAGUCGGUGUGUGCAGAGGAGACUCAAGCCACUGAGGUGUUUUGGUUAGUGGCGAGAUUGGAGGAGGCGUCGCUUCGGCAGAAAGCCAAGUUCAGCUGGUCCGAGGAGGGGGUGGAGGCACUUGGUCGGCCAGUGAGUCGGGAGGAGAUUCAAAAGGCUUUAUUCUCAAUGAAGUCUGGGAAGGCUCCUGAGCCUGAUGGUACGCCCCUUCAGUUUGUUAGUUUGGUGAGUGCUUGUGUUACUUUACCUAAGUUCUUUGUGAUGAUUAAUGGUUCCCUUGAAGGGUUUUUUCCUGGUAGAAAGGGGUUGAGGUUCCAUGAUCGGUAUGAGCAUCUAGGCCUGACUCAUUUGGUUUUUGCAGACGAUUUGAUGAUUUUCUGUGCAGCUGAGAGAGAUUCUUUGGAGUUUGUGAGGCAGGUCUUGGUAGAUUUUGUAAGGCUGUUUGGGUUAGUUAUAAAUGUUGGGAAGAGUUCCAUAUUUGUUACGGGUAUGGAGUCUGGGGAAGCGGAGGAACUAGCUGCGUCUAUGGGUUUCUCUCUUGGUUCGCUGCUUAUUAGGUAUCUGGGUUUACCUUUAUUGGCAGGUUGGUUGAGGGUUGUGGAUUGUGCGCCUAUGAUACAGAGGAUUACAACUUGUAUUAGAAGCUGGGCAGUGCGGUCUCUCUUCUUUACUGGGAGGUUACAGCUUGUUAGGUCUGUUUCAUAG